AUGGUACUGGGUAGAGGCAAUGACAAUGGGUUUGACGGUGAUAAUCAUUCUCAAUCGCGACCCUCUCUUCCCUCGCUAGCUUCGACGGCGUCAAUGGCGACGGAUGUGUGGCGACGGCUCUGGGCAGUGACUCCCUCGCGAGUGCUCUCUCUGUCUAACAACAUCGGCUUCUCUCUCUCUCUCUCUCUCUCUCCCUUUUGCUCAUGCUCGAUGGUUGACGGUGAUGGCGGUGAGGUCUCAGCCACGUUUUACGCUCCAAACGUUUCACAAGCAGCUUCAGACUCCAUUCACACUCCAAAUUUUGCUCCUCAGCGCCACAUUCUUCCAUCACCGCUGUUCCAUAACCACAGUCAUCCACUGCAUUCUUCCAUCAUCAACACCUUUGGGACUUCCAUCACUCUCGUUGUUGUCAAUCAUCACUCUCGUGAUUGGUCAUGUCAUCCUCUUACAGAAGAGCAGAUAACAUAUGCAGCUAUGGAUGCUUAUUGCUUGGUUGAAAUAUUUAACGUCUUCAAUUCAAAAGUUGCCAAUACAGAUCCUUAAAGAUAGACGGUUGAAUGAGACUGUUGUUCUUGGUGUCCCUGUGAAAGCCACAAUCAAAGAGGUAUUUUUGUAAAAAGCA